CAGCUGAUGGACGGAACCUCCUCUCCUUCACCCACCAAAGGUUGAUUUUCGUCUCUUUCUGAACAUUCACAUGUGCAUUUCAGUUCUCAGCUUUCGCCGUUAAAUAGCCAACUGCUGCAAAGUGAAAAAGAUAUUUUCGGCUGGAACUUACGGUCGCUUCCCUUUGCACACUAGCUACCUUGUUUUGUUUUCAGCUAAUCUGGUAAACGAGGUUCGGCUGUGAUGGCUGACUUCAGCAGCGGGGUCAUGAUGUCUUCUGAGCACCUGGCGAUCAGGGGUGGAGCUGCAGGAAAAGCAACGCCGUCUUCCGUUGUGGCAGGAAACGGAAACUGGGACGGUGCAGGAGGGAUGGACCAGAUAACUGUGGUGAGAAUAGAUGACACCCACAUCGCAGAGGAGCAGUCUCACGUCGUGGGGAAGGUUAAAGACGAUGCUGCGGAGUACUACGAGGUGGAGUACUCGAUGCCUGCGGAGGAGGAGGUUGUGGGAGAGGAAGAGGAGGACAGCGUUUACGUUAUUGAGUAUUCAAAUCCUGAGGAGGAAGGAGAGAGUUACCAGUUUACAAUGUCUGUAGAUAGAUCGCUGCCGGCCAAAAAGCCGAUUAUUAAACAUCCUGAGGUCACAGAAAACGCCAGAGCUCCUUUACCGGAGAUGUCCAAACUGUCCCGGCCAUCGAGGCCGAGGCACGAGGUGAGGCAGAAGAGGAAGAUGAUAACAGAAGAGGAAGUCAAAGAGGAGGAAAUUGUGAGCAAUAAGAGCGUGUUAGAGCUUGGAGAGAACUACAGUGACGUGAUGGGCUCAGGUAAGAGAGAGCUGGUGUGCUCGCUGUGCCCGCCGCCCGGCAGGUUCUUCAAGAGAGCAUCAGGUCUGGCCGUACAUUUAAAACAGAUGCACCACAUGGACGGGAAGAAGACGUUCUUCUGUACGUCCUGCAAGCAAACGGUUCGUUCUCAGAUUGAACUGGACGCGCACACACGGCGCCACGCCAACCAGGACGCCGUCUUCACCUGCCUCCUCUGCUCGACAGAGACGGACAAUGAAACGGAGGCAGAGAAGACGGGGUUCAAGGGGUCGAGGUGGGGCCUGAGGAGACACCUGGAGAAGGAGCACCCGGGCGUCGUCCCUCGCUGCGACAUCUGUAAUAAAGGCUUCAAGUCGCUCGCGUCGUACCUUGCCGACCAGUUCAGGCACGUUGGCGUGUCGCCGUUCUACUGCGCCAAGUGUCAGAUCUACGAAAUGACUGAGAGGGGUCUGAGCGUGCACAUCAAAAACCACGACAAGAAGAAGAAGAAGCAGGAGCCGGCUGAAAACCACCCGCCCACGUUUGGAGUCUCCACCAGUGCUGACAACUCUGCCACAGACGACUCUGACUUCUGACCCCACAGAUUCCACUCGUCAGUGUUUUCAGACUGAAGCAGCACCAGCUCAGUGACCUCCUCUCUGUCGGACAGACGUCUGACGUUUAUGCAUCUCUGACUGGUCUGAACUGAACUUUGGACAAGAGCACGAUUGGUUCUAAGUUUGACAGCCGGGACUUUUAUUUACCUCAGUGUCGGAGAGAACUGAGCCUCUGUUUGGGCCGAGCUUUUAUCAAAGCUUUCCCGGCUUCCUCCACGUUCUCCUGCCGUCUCUGUAAAUUCGGAGUAAUGUUCCGUUUCUAGCACUAAUUUCAUUAGAAGUACAGAAAGAGUCAUGUCAGGUGUUCAUGAAUGAAACUUUCUGUUAAAAAAGAGUGAUGAGUUGAACACUGCUGUGGAAGUGACUGAGCAUUAGACUGAAUUCACCAUGUGAGCUGCUGAAGGCUGCAGAUAUUUCCCUCCGUGGUUUUUAUUUGUCAUGUUUUAUUUUUUAACCUGGCCUUUAUCCGUGACGUCUGUAUUUGUUUGUGCUCAUUUGAGACUCAGCCUUUAUUUUAACACUUGUGUUUAAAAGAGAAAUGACAACGUUUCAAACUUUGCUAUAACUCGUGCCAUGUGGUGGAGUCUCCGCCCGCAGCGUCAGCGUGACGCGUGUCGGUAACGGUGACCUCAUCGGGGUCAUGAACACGAGAAAAGCCGCCUCAGUAUGAUGUGGUCCAGUAAAACACCUGCAGCUGUGACCUCCAUCAUGAAACGUCAUCACAUCAACACAAACUGAACAUGAUCAACUUUGCAAAAGUCGACUGUUGUGUUGGACAGAGUCAGACUGUGCAGGUGUUCCCAUCAUAAAUCCCUGUUCUACACAUGUAAACUUUAUUAGCUGUUAGUGUACAAAACAUUAACUCAGCAAACAUCCAGUUGAAGCUUUUUAAUCUGCACCACAUUCACACUGAAGCAUUUUUUGUUUUUGUAGUAACACAACAGUCACACAACACUAAAUAUAAAAUGUUCAUUGUCGUAGAUUAUGUGUUGGAAAAAAGCUUCAUGUACCUGCAGGCUGGUUUUCACAGGAAUAAACUGAGGGAUGUUGCUGCUGCAGCGAUCAGCUGAUUCAUCAAUUAAUCAGUCGUCAGGAAAAUAAUCAGCAGCUGUUUUGAUUUUAUAAGUCGGUUAUUUUUCAAGUCAAAAUGCCAAAACAAGUGCAGCUUCCAUCCUCUGAACAGAUCGAGUGAAAAAGAAAAAAAAACUUUAUAAAUUAAAUUUUAAACUCUUCAGAA